AUGCUGCGCCGUGCCCUGUGGACGCGCGGGUCUCGCUUGCUUCAGAUCCAGACGCCGUCGGCUACCCGCAGCUUCCACCGCUCGCCGGCAGCCAUGGCGCGCGUCCUAUGUAGCGACCCUAUUGAUCCCGUGUGUCCCGAACUUCUACGCGCCGCCGGCCACGAGGUCACGGCCGUCCCAGCAGCACUCUCGCACGCUGAGCUGGUGGCACAAGUACCCGACUACGACGUGCUCAUCGUGCGCUCUGGAUCCAAGGUGGAUCGCGUGGUGCUGGAUGCCGCGCAGAAGCUGACGCUCAUUGGCCGCGCCGGCACGGGCGUGGACAACAUCGACAUGGUGAACGCCACCAAGCAGGGCGUGCUAGUUAUGAACACGCCGUUCGGUAACACCAUCUCGGCCGCGGAGCUCACGGUAGGGCUCAUCUCAGCCGUCUCACGCCUCGGCCACGCCGCGUCCGAAGCGGCCGUGCGCAACUCGGAGAUCCACGGCAAGACGCUAGGUAUUGUAGGACUCGGCCGUAUUGGCCGUGAGGUGGCCACGCGCUGCAACGCCUUCGGAAUGAAUGUCGUCGGCUACGACCCUAUCCUGUCCAAUGGUAGUGCCAAGGCGCACGGUAUUGAACCUGUAUCUCUGGACGAACUGUUCUCUCGCAGCGACUACAUCUCUCUCCACGUCCCACUUAACGCCAAUACCAAACACCUCGUGAACGCACAGCGUCUAGCGCUCUGCAAAGACGGCAUCAAGCUAAUCAACGGAGCGCGUGCCGGUCUGAUCGACCACCAGGCUCUGCUGGAAGCCAUUGAGAGCGGCAAAGUCGCGGGCAUGGCCUUCGAUAUCUUGGCGCCGUCUCCCGCUUCUGACGUCUGGAAGAAACUCGUGAGCCACGAGAACGUGAUUGUGACGCCCCACAUCGGUGCACUUACUACCGACGCUCAGCAGAAGGUGGCGCGCGACCUGGCGUACAAGGUGAACGACGCGUUGGCCGGCAAGUCGUUCAAGGGCGUGCUUAACGCGCCGAAUAUCGACUUUGGCAAGCGUGAGGAGUUCAUGCCACUUCUAUCACUGGCUGAAAAACUUGGCAGCAUGCAGGCGCAGCUACUGGACGACAGUCGUCUCAAGCGCGUGCUAGUUAUUGCUGAGGGUCCCAAGGUCACGUCGUCGGAGCUGUCCGGACAGCUUGUCAAGGGUGUACUUAAGGGUCUGCUCUCACACAUGCUGGAGGAGGAGGUGACGUUCACAAAUGCCAAGCAGCUCGCAGACGUCAUGGGUAUCCAGACUGUGGAGCACAAGCACGACGAGGCCUCGGGUAGCAGCUUCUCGGACCAGCUUACAGUCAUUUUUGAGAAGGAGAACGGCACGUCCAAGAAGAUCACAGGUACCGUGUUCGGCAAGAGUCAGCUGCGCUUUGUGUCUUUCGACGACUUGCCCAUGGAUGCCAUCCCCAGUGGCUCCAUGCUGCUUUUUAACAACACGGACCAGCCUGGUGUGCUGCACAAGGUGACGUCGGUCCUGGCGAAGCACCAGAUUAAUAUCGGUAACUUCGGCUUGGCGCGUGAGAAAGCUACUGCCGCCGCUGUCAGCGUAUUGAACGUGGACGAAGCCAUCCCGGACGUUGUUAUGGACGAACUGGAGGCGCUGGGUAUGCUGACGGACCUUCGUCGUGUGAACCUGCUUGAGCUGAACACGGCUGUAUCCGGUGGUGUAUGGGAGAAAUUCCUCAAGCCCAGCGUUACUGAUGAUGACGAGAAUGCCGACGCUGUCGACGGUGAAGCGGGAGUGGCAGUUGUGCGCCACCCGAAGCCGCGCGUCAAGCCGGCGUCGCCGAACUUCGGCUCGGGACCAUGCAAGAAGCGUCCGGGUUACUCACUGGCUUCGAUUCCUGAUAUUGUACUGGGUCGUAGUCACCGUUCUAAGCUGGGCAAGGGCUUGUUGGAAGAGGCUAUAGCUCGCACUAAGAAGAUCCUGAAGCUCCCGGAAGAUUACCAUCUUGGUAUCGUGCCGGCUUCGGACACGGGUGCUUUCGAGAUGGCCAUGUGGUCCAUGCUGGGCGAACGUCCCGUGGAUGUGUGCUACUGGGAGUCGUUCGGCAAGCAGUGGUUCAAGGAUGUUACUACGGAGCUCAAGCUUGACACCGUAAGAGAGUUCGGUGCGCCGUUCGGCCAGCUCCCGGACUUGUCACAGGUGAAUUGCGACCACGACGUGCUGUUCACGUGGAACGGCACGACAAGCGGAGUGCGCGUUCCCAAUGCUGAUUGGAUCCCGGACGACCGCAAGGGUCUGAUCUUUAACGACGCUACUUCAGCCGCGUUCGCCAUGGAAAUGCCGUGGAACAAGAUCGAUGUGUGCACGUUCAGCUGGCAGAAGGUGCUUGGAGGUGAAGGUGGCCAUGGUGUCAUCAUUUUGAGUCCCCGCGCUGUGGAACGACUCGAGUCGUUCGUGCCGGAGAACCGUCCGAUCCCCAAGAUCUUCCGUAUGACUAACGCCGGCACGGGCAAGCUGUUAAAGGGUAUCUUCGAGGGUAGUACUAUCAACACGCCCUCGAUGUUGUGUGUGGAGGACUACCUUGAUGCUCUCCGAUGGACGGAAAGCGUGGGCGGUCAGGACGGUCUGAUUGCCAUCUCACAGCGCAAUCUGAAGGUGGUGGAGGACUUUGCAGCCGAGAACUCGAGAUGGUUCAAGUUCCUCGCGGAGGACAAGGCAAUCCGCUCCAACACGUCUGUGUGUCUGCUAAUUGACGGGCUGUCCAAGGACGAAGUGAAGCAGAUGCAGGCACUACUGGAGCGCGAGCAGGUGGCGUACGACAUUGGAUCGUACCGCGACGCGCCGCCCGGUCUGCGCAUCUGGUGCGGCGCUACGGUCGAGACCAAGGAUCUUGAGGCGUUGUUGCCUUGGAUCAAGUGGGCGUACCUAGAGCAAGAUCGGAUGAGCGUGCGAUCAUGCAGUCCAAAUAUGUCGCGGCAGCCAGUUAGCCAGAACCAACGGGACGUGCCACGUCACGUGGCCAUACGCAACGGAGCCGAUACGCAGCCCCUCCGCGUAAACACGCUCUUGACAUCCGAGGGUCAAUUCCAUGGUUUGCAGCCGAGGAGUGAAUACAGUCAGGACUUGCCACCGCUGGAAGAGCGGAGACAAGUGGUUGCGAACCGUGGUGUGGCACAAGACAUCCAGGGAAAUGAGGACGUCGGCUAUGACGCGGAGUUUGAAGAGGAUGGAGAGCAGGAGAGUACGGACAUAUCCACGGAUAACGGAGAGUCGAGCGGGAGUUCACUUGAACAGCUUGAACCGCAACAGUGGAGCGAAAUGUCGCCGACGCAGACAGCCGAGCUUAGUGGUGAGAACCAAGGCGAAGUUCCUUGUCGAGUGAGCUGGUGCACACACGCAGGAAACUUACACGGACUAUGCUGGGCACACGGUGGUGCCAUGCGCGGAGGCCGCAGCGGACGCGGCAACUGGCAGCGCUUCCAGCAGCAGCAGCAUGGCGAAGAAAGAGGCGGGAGCUACGCGUCUAACCAGCAAGGCUACUACCAGCCUUCACAUCAACAUCCCAGAGCUUCCCCACAAGUCCAGAGAGACGUCGUCGCCUUCAUUGAAGCCUUUCGCGCCAAUCAAUCGAGUCCGUCAGCGCCACCCAACGCGUUAACACUUGACGUUGUGGUGCGCGCUAUCUGCAGUCAUUUCCACGUCAAUGCGUUUGAAGAGCUCAUGGGCACGAGCGCGCUGCAACUACCCGCACUACGACAACUGCACACAGUGAACCAACGCGUGUGGACGUUCGUGACCUGUUUCAUGCAGAGUCGACGCAUCAACACGCUCUUUGAGUGCCACCAAGCCUUCCUACAGCACGAAGGACUGCGUUCCUUCCACGAACUCAAGCUGGGCAACUCGUUUCUACAUACAGAAGCAGUACAGCACUUGUAUCACUCGCCCAGAGCCAUGUUGACCGUCACAACAAGAGACGUGCUGACUUUUCUACGGCAAUUCGAGGAAAUGCUGGGUCACGACGCGUUCCGAGCGUCGUCCCACGUCGAUCUGAACGAAUUCUUGCAAUUUCUAGCGCAGCAAUACAGACAGCCCAAUGCACAAGCCAUGGGUGUAGCCAUUGACCCCAGCGGCUUCGGAGUUUACGUGGGGAUGCUGCGUCGAGUGGCCAACUACGAGAUGAAGGAGAUGAAGACACUGGAACAGCAAUUCCAACGCGAAGUUGCCGAGCAAAUGUUCCGUCUGACAAAGGAGAAAUUCAGCGAUGAAAACCGCAAACGAGCGCUGGAAAAACUGCUGGAGAAGAGCAAUUUACCGUCGGAGAAUGAAGGUCAACCGCAGCGACGGGGAGGCAACAAGAGCAUGCAGUCGCUGUCGCUGGAUAUGCUCAAGCGCGUCACGGACGUCGACGUGUAUCUGGACAACGCUCUACGACGGAAAGCUGCUGCAGACAUGAAGAACCAGCAGCAAUUCCGGAAACCCAUCUCGUCCCAGGAGAUUGCAGAGACGGACGCGAAGCUGCGCAACCAGUUGACGCGGUUUUUAAUGUCGUCGCAGAAGAGUAAACAUCACUCGAGACUGAAGGUCGUGACGUGGGUUAUCUGUAGUAUAAUGGCCAAGACGUACGCCUUGUUGUUGAGUGAUGACAAGAUACCGGAUGAAUCUGUCGGAGAGGAGUGUGGAGGGAAGGAAGACGACGACAGUGAGAAAGAAGAGUGCGAUUGCUGCUGUGUGGGCAACGAGUCGUGUACGUGUUCGUGCACGUGCAAGUGUCACGUUGAGAGUGAAGAUGAAGAGGAGGAUAGAGAUGAACAGGGGGAGACAAAGACGCCCGACUUCCCUGUUAUGCCACGUGAUCCAUUCGCUACCAGGUUUGCGAAACUCAAUAAAGAAGUGGACGUGACACUUGAAGACGUGAAGACUCAAGCUGACAGCUUUGUGGACGCCCAGCAAUGUGAGACUCAGCCACAAACAGCCAAGGACGUGUUGCUGACACUGUCGUCUCUAGAGAAGCAUUUGAUCGGCAAGUUUGCUGCGAAGAACGAUGCUGUAUUGUGGGCUGGACGACAGUCUGUACUAGAGCUACUGCCUGAGCUCCUGGACGAUGAAAGCAGCGCUGCUAAGUGGCUCCAGAAGCUGCUGCAGUCGUCAGAACCCAGUGGAGACAGCAUGGAUGCAUCGCAGAUGAUGAGCGAGAAGCGACUUGAAGACGUGUUGCCAUUUCUUCGCGAGUGCUGUGCUACGAUCUCGUCGUCUGCGACUUUGUCUUCGCUUUCUAACGAGAAGCAGCAGCAGUGGAUUACACGCAGGCUUUCAGUAGAGCUAGGACGUGUUUUUGUACAAGACAGCGGCCUUCCCAGUGUCGAAGAGAUGGUCAAGCUGGCAGAGACUCGAGACGAGACGUGUAUCGUCAAGUACGCAGGCAGUUUGGACCUGAAUCAUGGCAGCGACAGCGUUGAAGAGACAGGUGAGUUAGGACAGAAGACCUUGACGGACCAAGCGCUUGAGAAGCUGCGCACUUGUCCGUUCUUGGUCGAUGUAUCGUUGUAUAUGGAUUGGCCAGAGCGUUAUGCCCCGUUGUGUGGGCCUUUGCUCUCGUUUAUCCGCGUGCAUGAAAUGAUUCUCCUUGAUCAUGCGCCGUCCAGCAACUUUAUGUUUGUGUCCUGUGUGAACGGAGCGAUAGUGCGCGUCAAUGAGAAGUCGACGCCGUCCGAUCUGGAGCUGCUACUGACUCGAGCACAACAAGAGAAGACGCGCGUAUCUGCCAGUGUAGUGGCCGUCCACUUGGUGUCGAUGCUCGUGACGUGCAAGGGCCAAGCGAACUUCCCCAAACAGCUCGUUCAAGCUCAUCUACGGGCCUAUUUGUCCAGUUUUGCUAAGCAUGGAGACUAUCCCAAGCGCUUUCUACUGGAAAUACUGCUGGAAACUCCCGUCGAGUUCGCGGACUUUGUGGUCGCGUUGCUACUUAGUGUACUUGGUCAGUCUGUUAGUACGAACGAGUACGCAGUUGCUGAUCAACUCUGGAAGACGUGUACAAGUGAUGCUGAACGGAAAGCACUUGUGUUCGUAUCAAGUCACAGCUCAGCGUCAUUAUGGAAGGACCAGACGGAGAAAUGGUGUGCUGUUCGUGAGGAUCUGACAGCUAUCAUCGACGGUGAUGUUAGUAAGACGACGGCUGUGUCUUCGAUUGAUGUUGCCGACAGUGGAGACGAUGACGUGGUUGGUAGCGUCUUGGAGGCUGUAGAUGCAGAAGUGCCAAGCUUUUCUGUUGACCAAGAGAUGGAGGAAGUCUCAGUGAUAGAGACCAGUACGUCGGGUUCUUGUCGCUCGUUUAUUGAAGAUCUACGCAAGAAGCAGUUUGGUGUUGGUCUCGAGAUCCAGGACGAAGCGACGACGUCAGUGUUGCUCAUCCAGCAGCAGCGUCUGGAACGUGCACUCAAGCGACUGAGUGACGAGCUGUACAGUGAGAGUACGCACUUCGUUCUCGAGUUACUGCAGAACGCUGACGACAACACUUACGACGACGCGGUGGUUCCUCUGGGCGAGUUCACACUGACGAACGACAAGGAAAUUGUGUUUUAUAACAACGAACAGGGCUUUACACGGGCGAAUAUACAAGCGAUUUGUGACGUGGGGGCGUCGACGAAGGCAGCAGUGGACUCGGAAGCGAGUAUCGGCAAGAAAGGGAUCGGCUUUAAGAGUGUCUUCAAGGUCGCGGACGACCCGCAGGUGCAUUCGAACGGGUUUCAUAUCUGCUUCCACGCCAAGAACUCGAAUCACGGGACUGGGAUGGGCUAUAUCCUGCCAUAUUGGCUGGAUGAUACGACGCAGUGGAGACAGCGUCGAGGCACGACGUUCGUGCUGCCUCUGAAUGACGCGUCAGUGCAGCGAGUGGAUGAUAUCUCGCAGUCUCUCAUGGCGUUCGAGCCGUCGGUUCUGCUCUUCCUUCGACGUAUCCGUGAACUUCGACUGCUUGAUUCAGUACGACAACACUCGCUUCACUUCCUUAAGAAGGAGACAAGGCUUCAAACAAACUCGAAGCUCGUCAAGCUGUACUCGCAAGUGAAGAGCGAGAGCAGCGUGGAAGUGACGCAACAGAAGUGGCUGGUUGUCAAGGAGACACUCGAGCCGCCGCAGCUGUUCCACCGAAGUCACACGACGGAGAUCGCGCUUGCUUUCCCUGUGGACGAUUUCAAGGGGGAUCGACCCCCACUUCAGCAGGUUUUCUGCUACUUACCACUGCGCUCUUACGGAUUCCGGUUUAUUCUGCAAGGAGACUUUGAGAUCCCAAGCUCUCGAGAAGCGAUCACGAAUGGGAGUGACUGGAACGAGUGGCUGGUGUCCAAGUUCCCCAAGCUGAUGCGUGCUGCUGUACACAGCUACGUGUCGACUCUCCCAACAGAUGAGAGCAGAAUUGCCGCGAUCGCCCACUUGCUGUCACUAUUGCCGUUGGAGAGCGAGGUGCAAGCUCCUUUCCGUAGUAUCAUCCCGGAGAUGAUGCGUGAGCUACGUCAACUUAAAUGGCUGGCUUCGACGUCUUUAUCGAGUGAAUUAUACAAGCCAAUGGAGCUAGUUGACUGCAGUGAGCUUGCUGGAACGAGCGAGAGCACAGUUAUGUUGCUGGAAGCUUUGAGUGAAGACGUCCUGGCUUCGACGGGUAACAAACGCUUCCUGCAUGCUACGCUCUCCCAAGCCAUGACAACGUCGAUGAAGAAUCAGCUGCGUGUUGAGCAGCUUCACGCUUCUCACUUGAUGCGAGUGCUGUCGCUUUCGAUGGAGAAGAACGAUAUUAACUGGACGGUGAAGGUGUUGGCACUGCUUGCGAAACUUUGGCGCAAAGAUCGACACUCGAGCUUGUUACGGCAGGAACUGCGCCUGAUCAAGUGCUUCCCGCUGCACAAAGACAGCGCUGAAGGUGUCGUGAAGUGGGUGUCACUAGCUGACUGUCAUGACUCGCUUUUUGUGUCAGAGGACAGUGCUGGAUCUGGGACUUCGUACGCGUUUUUCGGCGAUCUUCACAUUCUGGACGACUCGUUUACGAAGGCAGUUAACAAGAGCACGAGGCUGCGCACGUUCUUGUUGAAGGAUGUGGGGGUUCACGUGAUGGAAGACCACGAAUUGAUACGACACCAUGUUCUCCCGAAGAUGACAGAGCUACGGUCGUCCAGUGAUGAUAAGCUGGACGUUGGUGCUGUGAUGGAGUACGGACGAUUCCUUGUCUCGCACUUAGCAACGUGUAGAGACUGCUCGAUGCAUGCGGAGGUGAAGGCGAACACGGCUGUUGCAACGAGUAGCGGCCGUGUUGUUGCUGUGGAAAGCAGCACUUUGUUCGUUGUCUUGCCAUCGAGUUAUGGAGAAAUGGGUGCGCUAGUUCAGUGGAUUAAGACAAAGGUGGAAGCAGACGACAACGCGCUUGCUAUUGUGUCAGGAGAUUACUUCAUGGACACGAAUAGCGGCAAGGAUUUAGUGGAUGAAAAGUGGCAAAAACUGCUCGUCGAUGUUUGCCACUUGCCGAUGUUGUUUGAUGCUGCGAGUCUUGUGUCGGAUGUACGAUCGCAAGCUGGAAUGAAGCAAAUACUGCAGUGGAUUGAAGGCGAGGAUGAUGUUGCAAUGAAGCGAAACAUGUCGACUUGUCUAGCACAAUAUAUGGACAAAAGAUGGAGAGCGAAUGAUGACAGCAGUGCAGACGCGGAAGACCAGGACAAUGCUAUUGCGUUGUGGAGACAAUAUCGUUGGUUGGAAGGAUCUGACGCGCAGUUCCAUCGCUCGACUGACCUGUGGCUGGCAACGGAGACGGUCACUCGCUUGUUUACGCCUGCGAUGGUUACGCUCAGCUCUGUGGUCUGGAAGAACGAGGAUUUCUCCAGACGUAUCCUUGGCGUGAAGUCUACUGCGACGGUCGCUGACGUGCUUGUCGUUCUGUCAGCUGACUCAACUGCGGUGUCUUCACUGGAUCUUGAUCGAGUGACCUGCUUGUACUCGUUCUUGUGGGACGAAAGUAAGAAAUCUACUGAAUGCAGCGCGGAAGUUAAGAAGAUGACAGCGAUCUUCAUCCCGGCUGACACUGGAGAGAAGAAUCGUUUUAUCGACGCGAAGAGUGCAGUGUGGUCGUCGACUGCACACUACGGAGAGCUGGUGGCUCUGGAGACGUUGUAUCCAAAGCGACUGUGCGAGUUCUUCACGGACAUCUGUGGUGUACAACGCAAGCCGUCGGUCUCAUUCUUGUGUGACAAGAUCAGUGAACAACAAGGAACGUUCUCGACCAAACGCAGUGGACACGAGAGCUUUAAACUGUGGAGAAAGAAGCUGCGUCCGCUUCUGUGUGUGCUGUCGAAGAAGCUGAAGAAGCGGUCGCUGUCAAAAGCAGAGCUGAAGGAGAUCAAGAAGACAUUAAAGGCGACGUCGUGGCUACCAGUGCGAUGUGUUAGCGGGUCUAGUUGUGACCUCGUGCUCUGCAGCGUGAAGGAUCAACCGAUUCAAGCAACAACGGAGAGCGAGCGCAAGCUGCAGAAGUUGUUGCUGUCAUUAGCCAAGGAGACGUGUACAGACGAGGGCAGCAGACGUACGGAGGAUAUUAAGGUGCUGCAGCUUGACUCUCUUGCCGACGAUGAAGAUCUGGACGCGCUGCUCAGCUUUGCGAAGGUCUCGACGUUAUCUUCUCACCUUGAGACGCAUGCAACGACGUGGUGUAAAGUACUCGCAAGCUUCGCGACAUCUUGUCAGCUGGACAAGAAAGGCAAGAAGAAACUAGUGAAGUUCGGUCAGCUUGUGGUCAAAUUCUGGGCGCGCGCCUUCUCUUCGGAUGACUCCGAGUUCCGGACGAGUGUACAGCACUUGGAACUCUUCCCAACGAUCGAUAAGCAGCAGUGGACUUCAGCUUCCGAAUUGUACGUCAACGACCAGACGGAGUUGUCCAAGGAAGAUCUGCAGUUCGGACAGGACCAACUCCAAGUGCUUGGUCUGUUCCCAUGGAGCUAUUUCGUACCGAGUGAAGAUAAUAGCGAGGCGACACGCGUACGUAAGUUCCUCGUGCACUCAUGUGGACUCAAGUCUUUGAAGGAGAACUUGCAGUACGAAGUCAGUGUGCUGAGCUCGAUGCAUCCAGCGAGUGACGCGUUCCAUGCGAAGAUUCGCACGGCGUUCGCUGUGGCUCAGCGAUGCCUGUUCCACAAUCACCGACAUUUGUACGAUCAGUUGGAGCACGAGGCGAUCGCAACGUUGGCGUUGGAGCUGCAGUGUGUGCUGGUUGAUGGACGCGACGGCUUUCAAGUGGUGUAUCGAGUGGGCAGCUCCUUCAGUCUUCGUCGACGUGUUGAUGUGCAGUUUCGAUGUUUCUUGGAUGUAGCGAAGAGCACAUUGUAUCUGCAGUCUGUGACGGGAGAAGAGGAAACGAGUGCGCUCUUGUCCGUGUUGAUGGAACUUUGUCGGAAGCUUUUCGGUGUCCAAGUGGUUUCUAACGUCGCUAACCUGCUGUAUCUCGGCUUGUUACAGCCGAAUGCAAUGAUGAGAGAACAAUGGCUACAGGAGACGCAGCUUCUACCUCCAUUACCUGCUAGCGAAGCUGAGAGACUGUGGGUUCAAGUAGACGACGUCGGCGUCUCUACCUCGUCUUUACUUGGUCAUAAACGCGCUGUGGAAGACAUGGAAGAUGGCGAGAUCGACGCAGAGGAAGCUUGUACGAAGAUGCCAUACACCCAACCUUACCAAGGAGCUCAAGUUCCUUCGUUGCCGUCGUCAAACUACCGCCAUGACAUGCAGAGACCAUCGUACCCACCAGUGCCGGUUAACCGAGGUGUAGAGCAAGCAUCGUACCACCCGCCGCUGCCUCCUUCUGGCCCAGGAAUGCAGUCUUUGUCGUUAUCUAACACGAUGACAAAGGAGGAGCGAGAAGCUAUCGGUCGUUGGGGUGAGGAAGGGAGUCGAACAUGA